AUGUUGGAGCAGCGGCAGUUAGCUGUGGUUCGCUGGAACCGAGACAGGAAGCAAAAUGACGACGAAGAGGGAAACGAGGGAAAAGGGAUCUCCACUGCCUUAGUACCCUUCAACUCGCAAGCCAUCUUCAAGAAGUUCCUCGCUGCGGGCGUCGUCAGCCUGCCUCUGCGCAGCUACGAGCAGCCGGGCGCAGACGAAGACAUCGCCCGAAACAGGAUCAGCACGCAAGUUUCCAGAGUUAUUGCCGACCGCGAACUUCGCCGCCUCGAUCUUCUUCGUGCAGUCCUCCUCCUCUUUCCCUGUCCGCCGGCGUUGACUCACGGCAGGCGAAGUCCUUUUGGGCCCCGCGAGACGCGCGUAGAAACUUGCAGCAAUGCCGCCAACUACCACCUCUAUGUGGCCGCUCAGCCUCUGCCUCAGCAGGCGAUUCUCCUACGGGGCGUCGCGGCCGUUCUGCUUCAGCAAUGGCUUCUUCUGGCGGCGGACAUCGGUCUCCUGGCUCGUCGUCUACUCCGCAUUCAGAGGCAAGCCGUGGCCAAGUCUCGCUUUCCUCGUGACCCGUUCACGAAGGAAAAAGGGGAUUUCUUUCCCAGACCCAAAGGCUUGGCGGCGCUAUGGGGGGAGCUCGAUGAGGCGGAGGACGACGGAGACGACGAAAGGCGAAGAAUGGGCGUAUCCAAAGUGCGACGGAAGAGAGCGCGAACGCGAGGCGAGGGCGCCGAUGAGCAAGAUCUGCUUCUUCGGCUGCUCCAAAGAAGUGAAGGAGACGUCGGGGAGGCGAGGGGAGGAAGACGAGCGAGUGGCCUUCUGGAGCAUGGGACGAAGAAGCCGAAGAACGGAGGCCCCUGGGAUUCCUUAGGGGACUCGCUAGCGAUGACCACAGAGAGUCAAGAAGGCCUGUACGCCUACCCCACAUACGAAUUCGACUACGACGCGAUUAUGCAGCGCCUCAGCGAGCGCCCAAGAGAGGAGGAAGCAGGCGAAGAAGGCUGCGCCUUCUUGGAGAACGAGCUCCGGAAGCUCGAGGCCGAGCGCGAGAAGAUCGCGCGCGCUCAGGCCCCUCCCCCGUUUUUCCCAGAAGAGGAACGGAAUGCACUCCACACGUCUUUCGCGGACGACCGCACCUUCCUCGACGCCUGCUGGGCGGGCUACAAAGCGUUGCCGCCCUCAGCGGUUGUCCCAGCGGGGCGAAUGGGAGACGCAGGCGACGCGCAUCGGCACAGCUACCAGGAUUCCAGGCUGCCUGCCGGCGCAGAGACAGCCACACGCCACAGUGCAGAGACAGGCCCGCUCGACAGGCGGCAGGGCGGCGCGGCUGGAGGAGAGGCGCUGACUGCCUACGAGUUCGAGAAGCUUCGCGCUGACUCCCGCCUCGCGCCCGUUUCCCUCACGAUGCCGUUUUCUUCGGUGCGGCGCGGCGGGCGGAUGGACACAACAACCUCGCACCUGGGCGAAGAGGACGCGUCGCCUCGAGACGCAACCCGAGAUCGGGGUUUCUUUGAGGUCUCCCGCGAAGGCGACGAGCAAGCGAGAGAAGCGGGCAGCGGCGUCUACGCGCGGCAACGCUUUGAAGAUGAGGACGGCGCAUGUGUGUGCGCAGAGCGCCGAGAAGGCGACCGCCAGAGAGCGGAAACUGCAGUGUGGCGCUCGGCGUACGCGGAAGACAGACUGAAUCGAUGGGGCGACGAACACAGGGUUCGAGACGACACAGACGCGCUUGAUGUCGAGGGACACGGAGGGAUCAGUCUCGCGGAGAGCGGAGACUGGUUUCAAGAAAACUUCGAAGACCUGCAGCGCGGCCCGACGCCCGCGAGCACGGUCGGUCUGCACGGACCCCAGGCACCUAGACUCGCAGGCGCGCGAGCCACGAGCUACUCCGCAUUUGGAGAAGCGGGCGGAACUGCUUGUGCAGGCGACAAUGCGCAGGAAAAAAAAGCAGCCAUCCGUCUACGCUCGACAGAAGACGUCGCGUUUCGCAGAGCCUGUGAAGAGUUGCCCGACGGACCGAAGAAGGAAUCAGGCAAGGUCGCGCGUCGCGUGUCGUGGGACUCUGCGGCCUUUUCCAUGCUCCCCGAGCUUCUCGCGCGAUUCGAGCCGCACAAGUGCCCUCACUUUCUUGAGAAAGUCAGGGUGCUCCAACAAUCGAUCUCACGCGCUCAGAGACUCGCGCUGACUGCGGUGGGCACGACGCUCACGUCGCCCCUGCCCGGGCUGUUCCACUACGACCCGUGUCUCGCGUUGCUCUGCUGGCCUUCGUUGGACAGCCUCGAAGCACAGAAACGCCGGUUCCUCGCCAUCCGCAAGAGAGGCCGGCUGCCGAAAGUCCGCGGGGGGGCUAGCGGCGUCUCGUGCGAUCUGACUGGCCCUCCUGCAUAUUUACCGGCGGCGGGCGUGUCACUUUCGUGCCCGCUGUCGCUUAACUCGGACUUCUCGAUGCAUGCUCAGGACGCUUCCAGCGUGAGCGCGUGGAGGUGCCUGUGGGCGGAUGCUGUGAGGCGCGGGGGGCCCGGCGCGGGUUCGAAUUCUACGCGGCACGCUGGAGUCUCUAACAGGCGACCUGGGCUUUCUGCGGAAGCAGGUAGCUCCUCGUCGAGAGAGGCAGGGGAACGCAGCAGGGCGGAGGAGGAUGGCGGCGGCAUCGGAGAGUCUGUGGGCGAUUACGAGGCUAUCUUGUUCGAGGAGGACCCGGACGCCGGGGGCCCCCAGCCAGCUGAGAUUCGCGUGUCGAGAGGCGAAGACGGCGAUGCAUGGCCAGCUGGGAGGCGGCCGAGGGCCUCAGACGUUUCUAGAGAGGAGCCAGCAGGCGACAGCUUUCCGGUGGCGUCGCUAGACGAGCCACAGGAGCGCAGCCAGACCUACCUGUCGAGCGACGCGAUGAACAGCAGCGACUACGUCGAGGUUCUACGUGGCCUCUUUGACAGCAGCAGCCUGACUCAGGGGUUGUACACGCCUUGUGACUUGAACGCCAGGUUGAAGGGCUCGAGGCAUUCGUCGCACCUUCUCCAUCAGUAUCUCUGCGCCGACGCCGGGGGGGUACAGCACGGACGAGGGAGUGCGCACGCGCUGCCGGGCGUUGGCAGCUCCUUUGCCUCGUCCUCGUCUUCCAGGGUGCAGAGUGGAUCUGAAAGAGCCUCGGAGGACUUCUUUGACGGCGAUCUCCACGCGGAGAGCAGUGAGGACGGCAGCCUAGCGGCGACAGAGGCAUCGCGAGCGGCCUGCCCCUCCGCGGCCUCCCGGCGGGCGAGCGACCGCAGCUGGGCGGGCGGCGACGAGCAGGGCGGGCUUUCGGAGUCUGCAGCGCUCGCACAUCCACACGCUGGCGGAAAGGCGUAUUCGUCAGACAGCGGGGUAGGGGACGUCUCAGGAGCUCUCGAUGCAAAGACACACACGGGGCUAACUAGCACAGUCACAAGCCGAGACAGCAGCACGAACACGAGUCACACGCUCACAACCUCGUCUGUCUCUUCAGACAUGCCUCGCUUUCCGUACCAAACACUGUCAUCUGGGGGACGCAUGGACGAUGCGUCAAGCGUCUGGGCAGACACUGGACAGGCGCGAGGAGGCACGCAGGACACAGCCACGAGGGAGGGAUUCCGUAGCUUUCUGUACGCACUCCUCCGGAGGCAAGUCUUGCUGGCAGAUACCCUCAAGGGCGAGCGACUGGGGGGCGCUGCCUCGCUGGCGCCUGUGCCCGUCUCUGGGCUCCAGGAGCGAGAUUCCUCUCGUGACGUGCGAGGCGCAGGCAGAGUCAGCGGUCACAGCGAAGGGCUAGAUUGGCCCGCGGCGGGGGAAUAUGGCACACCCGCAGUAGUCGCGAGACUACCUUUUCACGAAAUUGUCCCGCGCGGGCGCCUGAAGGCGUCGACUGCAGCGAAGGCGUUCCAGCAUCUGCUGGCGCUCCACAGCCGCGGAGAGAUUUUGCUGACGCAAGAGACGCAGACGCCUGCGCGUCCACAGGGGGCGGCGAGUCACGCAGAGACCGCGCCAGGCCCUUGCCCGACUUUGUUCGUCUGCGGAACGAGAGACAUUCUCUUCGCCGACGCGCGGAAUCCGCAGGAGUUCCCUCGCCCGGCAGAAAGAGAACAAACACAACAAACCCGAGGCAGCCGCGGGAAAGACGCCGCGGCGGACGCAUGCGAACAGCGAUCGCUGGGGACUAAAGGCGGCGAGCGUCUCGUAGUGUGUGCCUAA